AGAGGUGACGGUUAUUGGUUCGUAACCCGCCUCUGCAAGUUUGCUUCUCUGAACUUCUGCAAAAGAAUUAUCGCGAAGCCUCAAUCAGCCUCCAUUUUUGUUUCAGGCUUUCUUCUCUCUUCUAUUUUACUCUUCUGUUUUCGUCUGCUUCUCUCUCCUCCUCACUCAGCACAUCGCCAUUUUCGUUCACAAGCUUUCUUCACUCCUCCUCCGUCUUUGUUGGCCACGACCCCCAAAAAAAAAAUAAUAAUAAUGGCCUCGCAAUCCCUUGUUGUAGUUUCCACGCCUUCUUCCGCUCGACGGCCCAGUUUCUGCCGGCGUUUGUGUACAUCAGGCAGUGGGAAGGGUACUCGACGUGUGAAUUUCGUUCAGCACUUUGGCGUCACCCAUCUCAAUGCCGGCGAUCUUCUCCAAGCGGAAAUCCAAUCUGGUUGCGGAAUUGGGUUAAUAAGCCACUGUCCUUGAUCUUCUAUUGCUUCUUUUUCUCUCAUCAGUUUGAUCUAUUGCUUCACGAGGUCUGUACAGUAUCUUUAGUUAUGCUUUUCGCAAUAAAUUCUUUUGAUUAUCUGUUGUUUACGUAACCAUCAUUAAAUGACUCUUGAUUAAUGAUUGUCUUGAGCCGAGCAUCACCCCAUAAAUGGUACGACAUGAAAUCGAACUCUGUUCGACGCGGAUCAACCAAUUAUCAGCAGAUGCACAUCAAUAUGAAUGGAUGCAUGUGAUUAGAUCUAUUUCUUUGAGGUUCUUGUAAAGGCCGGACGAGCACCUGAAAUUUCUCUUCCAAUUGGCAGAACUAUGAUCCAGAAUAUGAUUAAGGAGGGAAAGAUUGCGCCUGCAAAAGUGUCAAUCAAGCUCCUGCCAAAAGCCACGCAAGAAAGUAGAAAUGACAAGUUCCUUCUGAAUGAGGAAAGUCGUUCGGCAUUUGAAGCUGUUACUAAGAUUGAGACAGAAUUCGCUUUGUUUUUCGCUUGUCCUGUGGAAGAGAUGGAAAGGCGCUUCUUGAGUCGGAGUCAGGGAAGAGAAGAUGACAACGUAGAAGCAAUAAGGAAAAGGUUUGAGGCAUUCUUGGGGUCUAGCCUCUCAGUUAUUGAGCAUUGCAAUUCCUGGGGAAAUGUCAGAAAGCCAUCCCGACUGUUGGGCAGCCUCUCAACACCGUUACCAUCCCUUGCUGCGGUUCAGUCUAUGUCUAAAUCGGUACCUGUACCACCUCCCUCGAGCGGCGACGGUGGGAGAGUAGUUGCUCUAGUGAUAGGCGCUGGCGGAAGGGAGCAUGCACUCUGCUUCGCCUUGCAACGAUCCCCAUCGUGCAAGGCUGUCUUCUGUGCGCCUGGAAAUGCCGGCAUUUCCAGCUCUGGAAAUGCCGUUUGCCUUCCUGGGCUGGACAUUUCUGACAGUUCAGCUGUCAUAUCUGUCUGCCGCGAGCUGGGAAUCGACCUCGUGGUAGUUGGGCCGGAGGCUCCUCUUGUCUCUGGGAUUGUGGACGAUCUUGCUCGAGCAGGCAUUCUUACCUUUGGCCCCUCAUCCAAAGCCGCUGCUUUAGAGGGCUCUAAAACCUUCUUCAAGAGCAUCUGCGACAAGUACAACAUCCCCACGGCCAAGUAUAAAACUUUCACCGACCCAUCUGAAGCAAAGCAAUACAUCAAGAAGGAAGGGGCUCCAAUUGUUGUAAAGACGCAUGGGUUGGCUGCUGGGAAGGGUGCCAUUGUUGUCAUGAUGUUGGAGGAGGCAUAUGAUGCUGUUGACUCAAUGCUUGUGAAGGGGGCUUUUGGCUCUGGGUGUGGCAAGCUCAUCGUUGAGGAGUUCCUAGAAGGCGAUGAAGUCUCUUUCUAUGCACUGGUAGACGGAGAGACAGCCAUUCCCCUGGCAUCUGUGCAAGAUCAUAAACGAGUUGGAGAUGGUGAUACAGGACUGAAUACUGGUGGAAUGGGUGCAUACUCUCCAGCACCAGUAUUAACUCCAGAAUUGCAGUCAUUCGUGAUGAAGUCUAUUAUUCUCCCUACUGUCAAAGGGAUGGCAGCUGAAGGCUGCAAGUUUGUUGGUGUUCUAGGUGCAGGUCUCAUAAUAGAGAAGAAGUCUGGGUUUGCUAAACUGAUUGAGUAUGAUGUGCGCUUUGGAGAUCCGGAGUGUCAGGUGUUCAUGCUUCGUCUAAAAUCAGAUUUGGCACGAGUAUUGUUGGCAGCUUGUAGGGGUGAGUUGAGUGGAGUGACUCUCGACUGGUCACCUGAAACUGCUAUGGUAGUGGUAAUGGCAAGUAGGGGCUAUCCAGGAAACUACCAAGCAGGAAGUGUGAUUCAGAAUCUGGAAGCAGCAGAAAUGGUUGCUCCAUCUGUUAAGAUAUUCCACGGUGGAACAGCUUUUGACUCAGAUGGGAAUUUCAUUGCGGCAAGUGGUCGUGUUCUUGGGGUCACUGCUAAGGGAAGGAAUUUGGAAGAAGCACGCGAAAGAGCUUACAACGCAGUUGAAGCCAUUGACUGGCGAGGAGGAUUCUAUCGCCACGACAUUGGGUGGAGAGCACUUACAAAGACGGAAGUAGAGAAAGAAGGUUAAGGCGGUGACAACAAGGUUAGGAUUUACCUGGGUGGAGACAGUUUAUCUCAGGGGACAUUUUUUGGAUGAAUAUAUCAUUGGCUAGUUGUCGGGACAAACAUGUUUUACACCUCGUGAGAUCCUUUUGCAUUUCUCUCUAAGAGCUACUGAAUGACUGGAAAAACAAUGUUCCGCUUUUUC